AUGCGGGUAGAAGACACCCUUGACAAGGGCACAGGGGCGGGCUCUGCACCAAAUCGAAAUAUCUCUGAUGCAGCCCCUGCCACCCCUGGCAUCCCUGGCUUCAUUAUUGAUGCACCACCUGUCUACAAUGGGUCACGCGGUGUGUCGAUGGGCCCUUUUGAAUGGCACGAUCAAGAUGGCCAGUUUGUUGAUGACGGCAUCGUAGUGACAGGCAUAAUCAUAGCAGGCGUGUUCCUGCUGGUGGUGAGCUUUUGCACUGUCCACAUGCUGCGGUACAUGGGCUUCUGCUACGGGGUGGGCCGUUGGCGCAGGCGACCCCAUUCUGUAGCUGAGGAGUACCGAGAGUAUCGGCAGGAGCGGCUGAACGACAUGUAUGCACAUGUCCGUGGGUCUGGUGGGCCCAGGUCUGGCUCAGGCACUGACCGGGCCUCCCAUGGGCGGCAGGCUCAUUACUCACGCCUCAGCAGCCAUCCUGCCUUGGGUUCCAGGGACCGUCAUGAACGAGGGUCAUCGUCAGCUUUGGGCAUGGAUGGUCGUAGGAACCCUCAGGGGAAUCGGCUCACAUAUAUUCGAUUUUCUCCAUCGGGGAUCAGGUACACAAAUCAGUCGAUUUUGAUGCCACCCUCAGGGGUCCGGAGGCACCAUCCAGACAGGGUGCCCGUCUUGCCACGUGGGGGCCAGACGCAGCCAGUGGACGUGCAGGGGGACCGGGCGAUGGGCGUGCCAUUCCUUUCAUCCUACAGCCCAUGGACUGACUCGAUGGCAGGCAGCUCCUUCGUGUCGCAGGGGGGAAAUGGGGAGAUGGCCAGUGGGGACGUGGGAGCAGAUGGAGUGCCCCUGUCAGUGGGCAGCCGCAGUGAGGACCUGGAAGCAUCGGUGCGGGACUCUGCAACAGGGACCCUGUUGGGGCUGGAAGCAUCCGCCUCAGAAUCAGCACGUGCAAGGGACAGGGGCAUCGCGGAGGCCACUGCUGCGGAGGCAGCUCGGCAGCAGAAGAUCGCAGACUUGUUCGUUUGUCCGAUCACGCAUGAAAUCAUGGAGGACCCGGUGAUGGCGGCAGACGGCUACACAUAUGAAAGGAAGGCCAUCAUGCAGUGGCUGAAGGCGCACAGGCGAUCCCCGAUGACCAACGAGGCCAUGGUCGAAAUUGUCCUGAUAGCCAACCACGGCCUGAAGUCCGCUAUUCAAGAAUGGCGGGCCAGCAAUGAGGCAACGGUGGAAUAG